AGUCAGGGGAAAUACGAAACUACUGUUGCUUGUGUGCUGUGUGGUGGUUAUGGUUUGGCUGGGCUACUUUUGCAGGCUGUGUUCUCUAAGUUUUACUGAAUAUUUGAGGAAUAUUACGGUGAAUGAAGCAUGACAAUGGGAGAAGAAUCUCCAGUUACUUCACUUGUACUCCCAGUACUAAUUCGCCCAAUACUGGAUAAAUUGGAAAGAAAAGAUGUAACUGCAGCACAGACGCUGAAGACAGCUGUGUCAAAGGUUGAGCUUGCUCAUCCUGGAUUCUUGUAUGACCUGGUUAUGGCUGUGGUGAAAGAAUCCAACCUGUCUAUAAAUGUCACAGAGAGUCUGCUGAGAUUGCAAGGCUCUAUCCCUGACAAUGAAGAUCUAAAGUGCAUUCGAAUGGAAGAUUCAUUUCAAGAGUUCAACAGGCGAGCAUCAUACUUGAAGAAAGUACUGAGUCGCAUCCCAGACGAGAUAAAUGAUCGCAAAACAUUCCUUGACACGAUCAAAGAAAUUGCAAGUGCCAUUAAAAAGCUUCUAGAUGCUGUUAAUGAAGUGGCAGCAUAUAUUCUUUCGCCGUACAGGAAGCAGGCUCUAGAGCUUCGCAAAAGAGAGUUUGUGAAGUACUCCAAGCGGUUCAGUAAUACCCUGAAGGAGUUCUUCAAAGAGGGCCAAGUUCAAGCGGUGUUCAUCAGUGCAGUGUACCUCAUCUACCAAACAAAUCACAUCAUGGUCACAGUCAAGAAUGAAUGUGAAUGAUUUGAUGGAAGUGAUGCGUCAGUGUCAGUUGUAUAGCCGGUCUCACAAGGUACAGUGUACUUGGGACUUGCGAGGAAUGCAAGUCAUUGCAAGGCGGCGGUGGUGUCGUCUGUAAAGAAGGUACCAGGGCUGUAGAAAUUUUAUCUUCCACCACAGUCAUUAUAACAACACAAAAAGAACUAUGGAUAACAAUAAAUGGUAAUACUUGUAAGUUAUAGAAUGAGAAAGUGUAUCCAGAUUUGGACCCACUGAACCCACCCAGCCAUAUCUGUGUGCCCAUCCGAGAGACGUGCAAUGAAUAUGCGCACAAAUAUCUAAUACCAUGGAGUAUAACCUACCCAGAAAAAAAGCAUAUUUUUGAAUCAAAAACGUAAUUACUCAUCACUCCCUUCCUCACUGCACACCCAGAUCUAUGUUGUAGAUGCCAAAUUGUGCACUUGCCACCGCUCUUCGAAAUGGAUUGCGCAUUGGUUGCCAGUAAAUUCGGAGUGAGGUCUAGUAGGAGUUGCAAACUUCUUUCAAAUGCAACUUGGUAGUGCGAUGUUUUUUAAUUUGUGAUUAUUUUCUCUUUUCUAUUGCCAUUUUCUUGUGUCGUUCCAAAGGUUAGGGUCACCCUUCUCUGCUGUCUUCAUGCACAUGCAUUGUCUGCAACAAAGCAUGUCCUCUUCCUCGGGGCUUCAGUUGGGCUUGAGCAAAAAAUCAUGUCCCAACUGGAGAGUGGACCAACAAAGGAGCGGACAACGCAGAGACAGCUGCUUCUGCAUUGUCCCUCCUCUUGUCACACACAGCUCAGUUAUACUCCAUUAUGGAGUACCCCACGUUCAUAGUACCCGUGACUUUACGUGCCCCCAGGGUGGCGAGUGCUUUCCUGCUUUACCCCGUUUUGCACGCUUUAUGGGAGUGGAGAGCAGCAGCCCCCUUUACUCCAGCGUUCCUUCUGCCUGCAACUAUGGGAGGCAACAAAAACUUAUGCGACGGACUGUACAUAUUAAACAUAGCAACAGAUAUUUUUAACAAACAGGUGAUUUUUGGUCAUGGUAUGUCUUGCAGCCAAAUAUGGCCAGGUUAGUUUCAUCUGUGUCUAUUUUGGGAAAGGUAUUAACCAGAAAUUAGGGUGCCAGUAACAUUAGCGUAACAAUGGGUAUUAGUACUAGAAAGCUCAGCAUAUCCUAGAUUUAUUCAGGCGCAGCCUCGGUUUGUAAGUUACUGUUUUGUGUGUAAUGUUGCCUUGGUGUGCAUUUCUGCUGUACGGAUGGAAUACCAGUACAAGAAUGAUUGUUGUUUGCCAGAGUCUUUCUGGUCUGUCACUUGGAUAUUGUACAUUGUAAGAGCAGACUGAGCUCACAAAAAAAAAAAAAAAAGCCAACUGCAACUACUCUGUUGAAAUGGGUCCAGAUAUCCCCCUUUGUGGCUGUCUCUUGGUACUCAUCCUUUGCAGUAGCUGCACAAGUGUGUGUGCAUACACAUGUGAAUGAGUAAUAAAGUACUUUUGCACUAAGCCAGA